CCACCCACCCACUCGCCUCCGCGCACCAUCGUCACUUUUCCUCUACCAUGAACGACCCCGGAUUAGAAGACUCGCUGCAGAGCUCGUACAAGAAAGCCGCGUUCCACGUGAAGGGCAACGCGUCGCGCUCGCGCAGCAGCGGCGCGAGCUCGGGGACCAGCGCGCGGCAGCAGGGCACCGCGGGCACACUCGGCGUCCGCGCGGCGUUCAGGGAGGAGCUGCGGGAGGACGAGGAGGAAGAGGAGGUGGGGUACUUCCAGCCCAAACGGUGGUGGUUUACGUCGACGGCGUUUCCGCUGGUUGCGGGGACUUUUGGGCCGCUGGCGAACUUCUUCUCGAUAUGCGCGCAGUGUUUCCGGUGGAGAGAGGAGUCGUCGAGCCAUGGAUUGUCCCCGACACCGACGUGGUUCAAUGCGAUGACAGGGCUGUCAUUGGCGUUCUCCCUCCUCGCUAAUAUCAUCCUUCUCGCGAACUUUUUGCACAUCCUGCGAUACUCGAUAUCCCAAUGGCUGACUAUCUCCUUCUGGUACAUCUCCGCGCUGCUGCUGAUCAUACCACUGGGGCUCAGUCGACAUGUCUUGGACGCUCCGGGAACGGACUACACGCAGUCUUUCUAUUACGCGAUCAUCGCAAGCGUGCUGUACGUGAUCCUGCCCUCGCUGCUGGCGCUCAACGCGCUGGGCGCGUACAAAUUCAAGGCAUACGCGCCGUCGUUCAACCCGCUCACGAUACCGCAGCGCACGCUGAUGGCGCAGACGCUGGCGUACGUGCUGUACAUCGCGGGCGGCGCGGCGGUGUUCGCGCGGGUCGAGGGGUGGAACUACCUCGACGGCGUGUACUGGGCCGAGUACACGCUGCUGACGAUCGGGCUCGGGUCGGACUUCCCGCCCAAGACGCACCUCGGGCGCGCGCUGCUCAUCCCGUACGCCGUCGGCGGCAUCACCGUGAUCGGGCUGAUCGUCGGGUCCAUCCGCGGCCUGAUCAUCGAGCGGGGCGGGGUCAAGCUCGUGCGCCGUACCGUCGAGGAGGAGCGCCAGAAGUGGAUCUCGCGCAUGGGCGAGCCGGAUGAGCGCUGGAAGAAGGAUGAGUGGGACGCUAUGCGGAGGAUCAAGCGCCGUGCGGAGUCCAUGCGCCGAUGGUCGGCCCUUGCGAGCUCCGCGCUGGCGUUUUUCUUCCUCUGGCUGCUCGGCGCGCUGGUGUUCUGGUUCGCAGAGAGUGCGCAAGAAUGGACUUAUUUCCAGUCGCUCUAUUUCAGCUACACAUCGCUGCUGACGAUCGGAUACGGUGACUUCUACCCACAGUCGAACGCCGGCAAGCCGUUUUUCGUCGUCUGGUCGCUCAUGGCCGUGCCCACCGUCACCAUCCUCAUUUCGAAUGUCGGGGAGAUCCUGAUCGGCCUGGUCCGGCGCGCGCUGAUGAUGGCCGUGUUCUCGACAGCAGCGGCGGGAGCGGACAAAAACAACAAGAAAAGCGACGACGAGCGCAAGAUGGGAGCUGAUCUGGAGCACCUCGGGGAAGCCGUCGAGCAAUCCGAGCGACAGCGCGGUCUGGGCGGGGGACUGGCCGCGCGCUUGUCCCGCGAAGUUGCGCGGCUGGCGCAGGAUGCGAUGAGCGGCACGGAAGCGGAGUACUCGUGGGAGGACUGGCAGGGAUGGCUUGAGCUCCUGGGAGAACGCACGGAUGCUGAAGGCCGCGGGGAAAAUGAGGAGAAGCAGGGGGAGUGGACGUGGCUGGGAGAAGAGGGGCCCCUGUUGAGUGGGAUGAGCGAGACGCAGUGGAUUCUGCAGCGCUUGUGCGAGCGCUUGCAGCAGGUGUUGGAGGAGGAGUAUGGCUCUAAGCGCUAGCCAAGAACCUUGGUUCGACUGUAUGGAUUACUAAUAGAGACAAAAUGUACACAGAGUGAGAGAUUCAAAACAAAUAGGGUGUCAUGUAGAAGAUACCAAAAUACUGUCCAGGUCGUUAGUAUAUGCGGUAUUCCAUCGUGUCGAACAUACCAUCAAGUGCGC